CCAUCACCAACGACUAAAACUAGAAGAAAAUGGUCGGAAAUGGCGUUAGAUACAUGCGAAAAUAAACAAUUGUUCGAUUCAACUUGUUCCUAUUGAAUAUAGAUUUCUCUCGCUAUCGCAUCAACAUAAACAAUUAAAAAUGGCGGCAUCUUCCAAUCACAUGAAUUGAUCGAUUCGAUUCGAUUCCCACACUGUUUUUGUUCACACUCUCUAAAACGAAAAAAAUGGGACCUUCAGCCGCCUUGCUAUCCUUGCAGCCCUGUUUUAUGAAGGGCCCCACCGCUUGCAUGGCCGCCGCGGCUCCGGCGGCGCCGGCGCCGGCGUGUUUGGGGUUUAAGAAUCUGAUGGAGACGUACGCGGUGAGCGUGCAGAGGGCGGAGGGCAGGGCGCUGAACGUGCCUCUGAUCGCGCCGUUCACGAUUGCGUCGUCGCGGCUCGACGGCGUGGAGAAUGUGGCCGUGCGGGUCGAGCUCAGCAACGGCUGCGUCGGGUGGGGGGAGUCCCCGAUUCUCCCCCACGUCACGGCGGAGGAUCAGCCUGUGGCUCUCUCCACCGUGGCGGAGGCUUGCCGGGCUCUCAAGCAGAGCCCGGGCAAGACCUUGGGAAUCGUUCUUGCUGAGAUCAAUGGGAUGCUUCCUGGCCAUUCCUUUGCUUCUGUUAGAGCAGGAAUCGAGAUGGCGUUGAUUGAUGCAGUUGCAAACAGCAUUGGAGUACCUCUGUGGAGACUGUUUGGUGGAUUCACAAACAUGAUAACAACAGAUAUAACAAUCCCAAUAGUUUCCCCAGCCGAAGCGGCUGAGCUGGCUUCAAAGUAUCGCGUCCAAGGUUUCAAGACUUUGAAGCUCAAAGUUGGGAAGAACUUGACUGCUGAUAUCGAAGUUCUUAAAGCUAUACGCACAGUCCAUCCCGAUUGUUUGUUCAUUUUAGAUGCUAAUGAAGGUUAUAGCUCUGAGGAAGCCAUUCAGGUUCUCCAAACAUUACAUGAGAUGGAAGUGACGCCUAUCCUUUUUGAACAACCAGUUCACAGAGACGACUGGAAAGGCCUUGGUCAUGUUAGCCAAGUUGCCAAAACCAAGUAUGGGGUAUCUGUUGCUGCUGAUGAAAGUUGCCGUAGUUUAGAUGAUGUGAAGAAAAUAGUGAAGGAAGACCUUGCACACGUAGUCAACAUAAAGCUGGCAAAAGUUGGGGUGCUUGGGGCUCUCGAGAUUAUUGAUUUAGCAAGGGAGUCGGGAUUGGAUUUGAUGAUUGGUGGUAUGGUCGAAACAAGGCUUGCUAUGGGCUUUGCCGGUCAUUUGGCAGCUGGUCUGGGGUGUUUCAAAUUCAUUGACCUUGACACUCCCAUCUUACUAGCAGAGGAUCCAGUUCUCGGGGGUUAUGAAGUUUCUGGCCCCCUUUACAAGUUCACUAAUGCUAGAGGUCACGGCGGUUUUCUACACUGGGAUAAUAUUGUCUGAUAAGUUGAUAGAGCCCACUCUCUUCACUUGGAAAGCAAGCAGCUAUAUUCCUGUUCAGCCUUGUGAUGGGAUUUGGGGUGGUGAUGAAUAUAGUGUUGUUAAGUUUCACACAGUAUAAACAUGUAAUGUGACAUAAUUAUUGUAUGCAUUUUUCAUUUUAAUGAGAUAUGUAAUCGUGGUGUUCUUCUUCUUUUUCUUUUUUGAACGGAUUAGAUUGGGAUGAACAUGUGUAGUAGCAAGAAUUGACUACAUUAUUCUAUGACUUGAUGAA